AUGGAGAAUAUAGACAACAUAAUAACGAAACAGGUCGAAAGUCAAUUUAAAUCUCUUGAAGCAGAACCCUUUCAACACGUCUGGCAGAUGAAAAGAUUAAAAUCGCUACAAAAUUGGACCAUGGGUAAACCUAGUGCCAAGGAAAUGGCCGAAGCAGGGUUCUACUGCCCAAAUCCGGAUAUACCUGAUACAGUAAGAUGUUUUUCGUGUUUCAUCGAAUUGGAUGGUUGGGAGUCAACCGACAAGCCUUGGGAAGAACACAAGAAACGAGCCAUGUCAUUAAACCCGCCAUGUAGAUUUAUUGAAAUAGGUAAGAAGGAAUCAGAUUUUAUAGUAGACGAUUUCUUAGAAAUCCAAAAGAGUGUGAUAUUACGCAUUUUUAAUGAAAAAUGUGAAAAACUCACAAAAACAGCUCUAUCUCUUCACAAAAAGAAAAAAUCAGCACUUAAAAAAGACCUACAAAAAAAAGGAAUGUCAUGA